AUGCGUGUGAUUUUGUGUUUCGCGGCGUUAGCCUGUUUCGUAACCGGCGGGUUAGCUGGGAAGUUACCGUCAUUCAUCAAAGCCUGUUCAGCGUCAGACCCAAACCUUAACCAAUGUAUUGAAAAAGUGAUUAAUGUUGGUGGGCCCGAGUUCGUUAAAGGCAUUCCCGAGCUGGGCAUCCAAUCCCUAGAUCCUGCUAAUCUCGGCACAAUCGUGGUUAACAACCCUGCCUUGAAGAUUACCUUAGAUGACACCGUCGUCACUGGCCUGGCAGGAUUCAAACUUAAUUCUUUCAAAAUUAACACACAAAAAGGAAAAGCUGCGUUAGAUUUCACUGCCAACGUGACACUUAAAGCACAUUAUGACAUGGACGGCCAAAUUCUCAUCGUCGGAAUCAAGGGCAAUGGCCAAUCGAAGAUCAAGAUCACAAAUUUGAACGUUGUAAUUAAAUACGAUUACAAAAUGGUCGAUGGCUACUGGUCAGUAACAAGCCACAAGGACUCGUAUAAGAUGGACGGAGCAACCUUUAAAUUCACAAAUUUAUUUGGCGGAAGAAAUAAAGAACUCUCGGACACAACCCAUAAAUUCUUAAACGAUAGCUGGGAACUUAUCAUGAAUGAGAUAGCGCCUCCUGCUAUUAAUCAGAUCAUGAACACGUCCGUAAAUGCGGAUAUGAUGCACGUGGUGAUCAAUGAGAACUGGGAACCAGUGAUUAAAGAAAUCGCGCCAGUUGCUUUCGCCACCAUCAUCACCGCGUGUGUAGACGAAGCUAAGAAACUCUUCGCCGCAGUGCCCGCGAACGAACUUCUAUUAACAAUG